AUGAAUAGAAAUUCUCCUUUCCAAAGUCACGGUGGAGUUAUGACACGGACAGAGACCAUAAAGGUUCACUGUAGAAGGAAGGAGAGUCCAUUGGGGUCGACACCAAUGGGAUCUCUGACAAACUUCCUUACUAUUAGCCUAGCGAUCGAUAGGGCAAACCUUUCCCGAGUCCAAACGUACUUCGCGAGUACGGUCGUAACGAAACCUGUUGGCUUAUUUGUUAUAGAUGUGGUUAAACAAGACAAUAAUAAACAAGAUGGUAUUAAACAAGAUGAUUACUCUCUUCUUAAUUGGUAUCGUGUGUCCAUGGCGCCAUUCCAGACGAUGGCCCAACGUGUUGGGCGCUUGAAGACCCUCAUUACGAAUACCCUCACGUACGCCACUAACGUCGUGAACUACGUCGAACAAUGGGAGACCGAUAGGGUAGCCGAGUGUCGGAAGGCUGGCGAAGAAGGUAAAACACCUGCGAGUCCAAGCCUGGAGGUAACAACUGAUGCUCUCAAUACUCUUAUCUCUGUCGAAGUUCAAUUGGAUGGAUUGCCUCAAGUUCUCCAAUUCAGAGCAGCAAAGCUCGUUGAGGAAGCAAAGGAAGCCGAGGAAGAUUGGGAAGAAUUGGAGUCUCUCUGCAAAGAAGCCUUACUUGAGCGCGAACAUCAACGCCAACGGCUGAUAGUAGCAGUAAGUGAAAAAAUUCCCAUUUUUCAAGAUAUCCACAGGGCUAGUAAACAAACUGUCGACCCUCCACCAUUGUCUCCUGAACAAGUUUUGGGCUUGGCCGAGUCAUUCGAGGAUCCAAAUUUGGAAUCCGUGGUGGCCUCGCCAAUGAAAUUUCCCCUGUAUAAUGUACUCUUGACGGCUGAUAAGGCUGAAAAGAAUCUUCAGAACGGGAAUUCAGGCCUCUUGGCUGAGCAAUCCCACCUGCCUAAUGAGACUCAACAAAAUCUCGAUGAGGCAUUGGGAGCUCAGACUAGAGUUGUGAACACGCCUAUCCUUACUGUUAAUAAUCAUAAUAACCCCGAGCUCGGAGGUGCCCCAGCGUGGAACGUGACCAACCAGCGAGUUGAAGAGCGACAAAUACGUCGACAAAACAUUAACGAGAUCAAUAAUAAUCCAGCAGCGACUGGCAUCCACCGCUUAAUUUUCAAUAGUCCACCAGCACACAAAAGAGGAGGACAUCAACUUCUAAGAGAAUACAGUAGAAGAAACAACUCGACAGAGAGAUUUAAUCCAAGAAACACUGCCGGAUAUACAAAUUUCGGUUACAAUGAAGAGAAUCAUGAGAGACAGUACCAUGAAAGAAACUUCAAUGGAAAUGCGUACUCAGAAUACUAUCAGCAACAACAAAGAUAUAAUAGAAUGAGAUACUCAGAAUAUCCGGACCACCAGAACACUUGGUUACAGUACCAAAACCAACCAAAUCAAACUCAUCAAUCGCAAGGAAACUGGUAUAAUCAACAGAUACCAUAUAAAAGAUGCGAAGUGUGCAACGGAGAUCAUGAAAUCACCUUUUGUAACCAAAACGAUGAAGUGGUCGCUAGAGUAUGCAUAAAAAUUGGAAUUUGUCCGAAAUGCAGAGCAGGUGGUCAUCAGGUUAGUGGUUGCCCAUUACUGUACCUGGAAAAGGAGCAGGCAAGAAUGAAUAGAGAAAAGAAUCAUGAAGAAUCGAGAAAUCGAAACCACUUCAAUGACCAAGAAUCGAAUCGUGAUAAUCGAAAUUUCGUUCACCAGCAAAGAGUUAAUAAUCAGCCAAGAUACGCAGAACAAAAGAACGAGAUCUCAGAGAAAAACUUGGCAAGACAUGUAGCUAACAUCAAACCCUUCACCGGAAUCAUCUCAGAAUACGCAUCAUUCCGUAAUAUCAUGGCUGAAUACCUGGAAUCAGAGACAGUUUCUCUAGUAGUCAGAAGAGAUACUUUGAUGCAGAAAAUCAGCGGAGAAGCCGCAGUACAGAAGUCUAUUCUGGACGAUCCAGGAAAAGCAAUCGACAUUACAAUGAAAAAUUUAGACAGAACAUAUAAGAGAAAAGGAUCAACUACAAUCAGAAACCAAUUCGAGAAAGUAAUUGUAACAGAUGAGAAUAUUGAUGCGUUCAUCAAGUCAUUAGCCUUAUCUAAAAGUCUACAUGACAAGAUCCUGGAAGAGGAGCCACACUGUUUUGGACAUCACUCAAUAAAAGCUCUACUGGGCAGAAUGCCAGACGCAGUUCGCAGAAUGUGCAACAGAAUGUUGAGAGACGAAACAUUAUCCACGGAAAAAAUCUAUGAGAAAGCAGAAGAACAUCUUGAUAAUCAAAUCGAAGAUGCAGAAAUCACGGGAAAAUCCACAAACCAGACACGAAUUUCUCGUGACCAACAACACUAA